AUGUCUCUCGAAACCAAGGAAGUCUGCAUCGCCGUAAUUGCCUUUGCCUUAUUUAUAUCGCUAUGGUCGACAAGGCUCUAUAUCAUUCUGAUUACUCGAAUAUCAACAUUGGCACCGCGGUCAACAAGAAUGGAAAAGAAGGGCGUCGCGCCGCCCAACUUUUCCAGCGUCCUUGACUACCUCAAGGGCGCGCCUGGCCGCGUCAUUGUGGGUGACAACACCAGCUCUUAUGAGCUAUGGGAGAGCAUUACCAACGCGGCUAAAGAAGGAGAUUCCUUCGUCUUCCACGAAUCCUCGGUCGGUGCUGGCAUGCCUGCCAUCUCCAUUCUUCAAGAGAUGGUUAAGACGGGUAACGAAAUCACCCGUAUUGAGGGCAUCUUCAGCGGCACUAUAUCUCACCUGUUUCAUAACUACUCCACCACGAGUGGAAACAGCGGUGGCAAUUGGUCUGAAACUGUUUGCCAGGCUAAGAAUCUUGGCUAUACCGAACCUGACCUACGUGAUGACCUCAACAGUCUUAAUGUUGCCCGCAAGGUGACCAUUCUAGCCUGCAUUGCCGGAUGCCCUAUUGAGUCUCCGACGUCCUACCCCGUCGAGUCCCUGAUCCCGAAGGAACUAGAAUUACCUACAAGGGGCGACGUCUUUCUGCAAAAACUUCCGGCAUUUAACCAGCAAAUGCAAGACAGGAAGUUAAAGGCCGAGAAGCAAGGCAAAGUCCUUUGUUACAUCAACAGCAUCGAUAUUGCUUCAGGUAAAGCCACGGUAGGCUUGCAGAUAUUAGACAAGUCACACCUAAUCGCGAAUUUAAAGGGUAGUAAUAACCUUAUUAGCUUCUACACUAAGAGGUAUAAAUAA